GUAACUUUGUGCUUUGAAUGAGUCAUGUGACCCGGCGUCAGGAUACCGUCGCAUCCAAAGGACCAAAGCGCCUCCAGUGCAGCAGCAAAGUAGCCGAUAUGACGUUCAUCGCAAAGACCUUUUAUGAUCUGAGGGCCACCUCUCUGGAGGGGGACUCGGUGGACUUCAACGUCUUCCGGGGACGAGUGGUCCUCAUCGAGAACGUGGCCUCGCUCUGAGGCACCACCACCCAGGACUUCAGCGAGCUCAACCAGCUGCAGAGCAAGUACCCCCAUCGGCUGGUGGUCCUGGGCUUUCCCUGUAACCAGUUUGGAUACCAGGAGAACUGUACCAACGGCGAGAUUCUGAGUUCACUGCAGCACGUGCGUCCAGGUGGUGGCUUCAAACCCAACUUCGGUGUCUUCGAGAAGUGCGACGUCAAUGGAGAAAACACACAUCCGGUCUUUGCCUACCUGAAAAACAAGCUCCCCUAUCCCGACGACGACCCCWGCUCCCUCAUGCAGGAUCCCAAGUUCCUGGUCUGGAGUCCCAUCAGCAGGAUGGAUAUCUCCUGGAACUUUGAGAAGUUCCUCAUCGGGCCAGAGGGGGAGCCCUUUAAGAGAUACAGCAGAAAGUUCCCCACCAUUGAAAUAGAGCCUGACAUUCAAAGACUUCUUAGAUUAACUAAGGCCUAAAAAUAGCCUCCGCCUCCUAAUGACUUUCCAUCUGUAACUGUCAAAGUCGACACUCUGCCCUCCACACGUUAAAGCCUUAAUGAAUGAGGGUGAUAUUCUGAAAAGCUGAGGGGAUAUCGUCUGARACCUUUUAAGUGCUUAACAACUGUGGAUGUAUAGAUUCUUUGUGUUUUUCAAAGUAUAUGCAAAGAACACCAUUUUAAAGAACUCGUUCAUUAGGAUGGCGUAGCUUUGCAUCUUGUUUGUUUUUUUUUGUCCUGUGCUUGAGUUGCCAGCAGAUGGUGCUACUCUUCUAAUCUUGCAAACAGCAAACUUCAGUCCUGCUUUUAUGAAUUAACAUUCCAAACACACACUGACAAAUUAAAAUAAAACCCUGGAAACCAACA